AUGUUACUAGUUGUCUUGAUUGCAUUUCAAUCCAUAUACCAUGUUUAUGGAAAUGAAACAAUCAACAAAUCACUGGGUUUGGAACACAAAGGGACUAUAAAAACCAUAGAGGGAGAUAAUGGUGACAUAAUUGAUUGUGUUGAUAUCUAUCAACAACCAGCAUUUGAUCAUCCUUUAAUAAAUGAUUUACAGAUGGAACCUAAUACUUAUCCUAUUGGAACCAAAAUGAAUUCAACCUUUGAGUUUGAUAUUCGUCAAGAUUGGAAUAAAAAUGAAGAAUGUCCAGAAGAAACAAUCCCUAUAAGAAGAAAUACAAACACAAGUUAUUACAAUGAUUACCAUAAGCAAACUUUUUCCAUGAUGGGAGAUCAACAAAACCAAAAUAUUCUUCAAAGAUCAAGUGGAGGACACGAGUAUGCUAUGGCUUUUGAUGAAGGUAGUUCUUACUAUGGUACACAAGCAGUAUUUAAUGUUUGGAACCCUCAUGUCGAAAGGAACGAAUUUAGUUCGUCUCAAGUGUGGAUCACUUCGUCGUCUCCAAGUAUCAAUACUAUUGAAGCAGGAUGGAUAGUUUAUCCAAGUAAAUUUGGUGAUACACAUACACACUUCUUCAUAUAUUGGACAGCAGAUAAUUACCAGAGGACAGGUUGCUUUGAUCUUGAUUGCCCCGGUUUUGUUCAAACAAAUAGACACUAUGCCAUUGGCACUACAAUAUCACCAUUUUCCACAUAUGGUGGCAAUUCACAAGAGAUAUCUGUUAACAUAUUCAAGGACAUACCCUCGGGAAAUUGGUGGCUUCAAGUUUCGGGUUACAUGGUAGGGUACUGGCCUAAAUCUAUUUUCACGGGCUUGGCAGAUCAUGCUACUGAUGUGAAAUGGGGUGGGGAGAUUUUGAAUUCGAGAACUCGUGGACAACAUACGACUACUCAAAUGGGUAGUGGUCAUUUCUUUGGUGAAGGAUAUCGUAAAUCAAGUUUCAUUCGCCAACUAAAAGUGGCUGAUGCCGGUUUAUUUCCCAGAGAACCGGGAUACUUGUCGAAAAUUGUGACUACUCCAUCGUGUUAUAAUUUGAAUUUCUGGAAGAAUCCACGAACUAUGAUGGGAACACAUGUUUAUUUUGGAGGUCCAGGUUUUUCUUCUAUAUGUAAAUAG